GGGGGAUGAAGCCUCCACCUCCGGAACUUGUUCCACGCCCCGUUUCAACCUUCAUGGCCGCACAGGAGGAAGUGUCUGCUCUGGGCUCCAUUUACAGCGGCGAUUUCCAGCUGCUCUCGGAACCAGAAUCCGAGGGGAUUACUUUCCAAAUCCAUACCAUCUGUGAACACCAUGCAAAGAAAAUCCAGUUAAAAGUCACUUUUCAGUUAUCCCAUGAGUAUCCUGUGUGCCUUCCAGACAUCUCCAUCUGCUCAGAUCAGCUCACCCGCAAGCAGUGUUGUGAUUUGAAGCAAAGCUUGAUGCGAUAUGCAGACACUCUUCUUGGCCAGCCUAUGAUUUAUGAGUUGAUGAUGUGGCUCCAGCAGAACUUUAAUGAUGAUGUUGACCAUGGUUUUGUGGACAAGACCAGUGAGGGCGACAGUUCACAGCAGCAUUGCAGAGCAGACAAUACUGUGUGGAUGGCACUUUUGCAUUUAGAUCACAUGAGAGCCAAAGCAAAGUACAUCAGAAGCAUAGAGAAGUGGACCUCUGACCUUAGACUCACUGGAAGACUGAUGUUCAUGGGAAAACUCAUAUUAAUCCUUUUACAGGGAGAGAGGAAAGAUAUCAAGGACUAUCUAGUCCUCCAGAAAACUGCGAAGGUGGAUGUGGACUCCAGUGGAAAGAGAUGCAAAGAAAAGAUGAUAAGUGUUCUCUGUGAAGAAAAGCUUCAAGCAGGGCAGCUAAGGCUUACAAGCUUUGCUGUGAAUGAGUUUACAUCAGGGGCUGAGUUGCAUCAAGAAUUUGAAGUGUUGGGCUUGUCAGGCUUGUAUGACAAGUUUGUAAGAUUUUCAAAGAUUUCUGCAACCUGACUUGAUAGACGAGCAUGAAAGCACACUGCUGUGACUUUGUGAGGCAAAGAGAAUUUCAAUAUGACUUAGUCUCACUGAAAGCAACCAAUAUUUCAUUAAUGUUUGACAACCAUUCAAACCCAUGAAAUAUGGGCAGGUAAAUCUUUGUAAGUAAUAUUAAAAAAAAUUGUCGAAUGCCACUUUGUUUGAAUUUAUUAAUAAAAUGAUUGCAUUUAAA